AUGGUUUAUAAUCUUUGUUUAGUUUUCUCAGCUCCUCGAGGGUACAGUAGGAAUUGUCAGAAGCAGCGACAGCUUAACGCUGUAGCAGCUCCCAGCCCAGUGUUAGGAAACAUUCCCCUAGGAGAUGGCAUGCCAGUAGGUCCUGUACCACCAGGGUUCUUUCAGCCUUUUAUGUCACCUCGAUACCCUGGAGGUCCAAGGCCCCCACUGAGGAUACCUAACCAGGCACUUGGAGGUGUCCCAGGAAGUCAGCCAUUACUUCCCAGUGGAAUGGACCAAAUUCAACAACAAGGGCAUUCAAAUAUGGGUGGGCCAAUGCAGAGAAUGACUCCUCCAAGAGGAAUGGUGCCCUCGGGACCACAGAAUUAUGGAGGUGCAAUAACCCCACUGAAGGCUUUAGGUGGCCCUGGAAUGCCUGGAAUAAACAUGGGUCCAGGUGGUGGUAGUAUACCGUGGCCAAACCCAACAAAUACCAAUCUGGUACCAUACUCCUCAGCAUCUCCUGGGAAUUAUGUAGGUCCUCCAGGAGGUGUAGGGUCACCAGGAACACCCAUCAUGCGUAGUCCAGCAGAUUCAAUGAACUCUGGAAAGAACAUGUGUACUAAAAUGAAUGUAGUACCACCUGGACCUAACAGGCCUAAUUUUCCAAUGGGCCCUGGGUCAGAUGGUCCUAUGGGUGGAUUAGGAGGAAUGGAGUCACAUCACAUGAAUGGCUCUUUGGGUUCAGGAGAUAUGGACAGUAUUUCCAAGUACUCCCCUAGCAUGACAAUGAGUGUGAUCCAUUACCAAGUCUCCUCAUAA